CCAAAGUUCUUUCAACUCAUAUAUUCUGGUUCAAACUUCUUAUUAAAGUUUCAUGGUCUUUUCUUUCUUAUUCUAUGAUUUUAGAAAAAUAAAAUGACACAUAAAGAAAAAACAUCCAACUAUGUGAUCACUAGAUCAUCAAAUACAACAAUGACAUCUUUUCUGAAACGAGUUUUCGGUAGAGUUCAUACUGCUGUAAAUUCAUGGGAAAAGAACCAUUCGCCUUGCAGGCAAAGAAGUCUACAUAGAGAUGUCGAACAAGAAGAAAUUCAGUGCACCAGUACUAAUUGUCUGUCUUCAUACUAUAGCGUCUUUGUAGCUCGACUUGCUAUCAUGGUAAUGUUGGCAAUUCUUAUCGGUCUGUUAACGCUUCUCACAUGGCAUUUCACUAAAGUGUACACAAAAACAUCAUUAAACGCUUUAGCAUAUGGUUUGCGCUAUGAAUUAUUACAACGUCCAGUAUUACGUAUGUGGAGUAUACUAAAUUCAACUGUGGAAAUAACAACAGCUCAAGUUCAGAUCUCAGAAUACGUGAUCAGGAAAUACAACAAACCUGAAAACCAAGCACAGCAAGUUGAGUUAUAUGAAGUUAUGAGGGAUCUCACUUGGGCAUUAUUUGCAAGUCAUAAAGCUCUAAAUUCGAUAUCGAUAAAGUACAAAAAUGGCUUUGUUCAGGCAUUUCAUAGGGAUCCAAGAGAUAAUAGUACAUAUUAUAUAUACUCUGAUCUUACAAAUUACACAAUGGAUGGACCUUAUGAUGUCAACAUAUCAUCACCACACCAAGGGUGGAAUGAUCAAACUAUACAUAGUAACAUAUCAGCAAUAUGGUACCGAGAAGUACUGGAUCCCGAUACUGGUGAAAAGAUAGGAAAACAAAAGGCUAUUCCACCAGACGAAUUAAUAAAUAUUGCUGGAAUUUCUCAAGUACCAUAUGGUGCACCUUCAUGGCAUGUGGCAGUGAGUAAAUUUACAAACUCUCCAUUGCUGUCUGCUGCUAUGCCAGUUCGAGAUGCGUCUCAGGGAAGUAUAGUUGCCGUUGUAGGUGUCACCACCGCUCUUUAUAGUGUCGGUCAGCUUAUGAAAGAACUUGUGGGGUUUCAUAGUGGACAUAUUUAUUUAACUUCACAAGAAGGUUGGUUGUUAGCUACUUCUUCAACGACUCCAUUGUUGAGGAACUCGUCGACUGGACCCAAGCUCAUGAUGGCUGUUGAUUCACAAGAUUGGGUCAUACAAACUGGAGCCAAGUGGCUACUAAAGGCUUAUGGAAACAAACCCCCACCAAACCAUGAAGUUCACAUACAGAAUGCCAAAUUAGGCAAUGAGCUCUAUUAUAUCGAUUCGUUUUUCUUGAAUUUAAAGCGGCUUCCUAUGGUUGGAGUUUUAAUAAUACCCAGAAAGUAUAUAAUGGGGAAAGUGGACGAGAGAGCUUUUAAGACGUUGAUGAUACUGAUAUCUGCAUCUGUGUGCAUAUUAGUUAUAGGAUGUGUGUGCAUAUUUGUGUUGACGAAUGGAGUGUCUAAAGAAAUGAAGCUACGGGCAGAACUAAUUAGCCAUUUGGAUGCACGAAGGAAGGCUGAGGCAUCCAGUAACUACAAGAGCCAGUUUUUAGCGAACAUGAGUCAUGAACUGAGAACACCAAUGGCUGCAGUCAUAGGAUUGCUGGACAUUCUUAUGUCCGAUGAAUGUCUCACAAACGAGCAAUCUGCAACAAUUACCCAAAUUCGUAGAUGUUCAACAGCACUCCUACGGCUUCUCAACAAUAUUUUGGACAUUAGCAAGGUUGAAUCAGGAAAACUGGUGCUUGAAGAAGCAGAGUUUGACAUGGGCAGGGAACUUGAAGGACUAGUCGAUAUGUUCUCUGUGCAGUGCAAAAACCACAAUGUGGAAAUCGUUAUAAAUCUCUCUGAUGAUAUGCCAAAAAUAGUUCAAGGAGACUCUGCUAGAUUUGUUCAAAUAUUUGCUAAUUUGAUUAGCAAUUCUAUCAAAUUCACAACAUCAGGAUACAUUAUUCUGCGAGGAUGGUGUGAAGAUCCACAUUCUUGUAUUGCUAAUGGAAAAUUUCCCCUGGAUCGUAAAGCUUUAUGGUCCUGCAAGAAAGACAACAAAUUGAUUCUUUGGUUUGAAGUUGAGGAUACUGGCUGCGGAAUCGAUCCAAGCAAAUGGGAGUCGGUAUUUGAAAGCUUUGAACAAGCUGACCCAUCUACUACUAGAUUGCAUGGUGGAACCGGUCUUGGACUAUGCAUCGUUAGAACUCUGGUAAACAAGAUGGGUGGACAAAUCAGAGUUGUCAAGAAGAAUGGACCAGGGACUCUAAUGCAGCUUUAUCUCCUACUCGGUACACCAGUAGAUAUACCACGAGACAACUACAAGUUAAAGUAUGCAGAUCAUAACUUGAAGGUAGUUCUUGCGCUAAAUGGAUGUAUGGGUCGGAUGAUUUUGUCUCAAUGGCUACUUCAAAUUGGAGUGCCUGUCUGGGAUGCAUCCGAGUGGAAUGAACUGACACACAUACUUCAAGAUCUCUUUAUACCUGCACGUUAUGCCCGAAGUAUAACAUACGAGUGUUCAAAAGUUGGACCUUUGAACAAGAAAGAAAUGGAGGUUUCGAUUUUCAUUAUAGUCGUUGAUAUUGGACUACUAAAUUUAAGCACGGACAUAUGGAAAGAACAGCUUAAUUUCCUGGAUACUUUUAACAGGAGAGCAAAGUUUGCUUGGGUUUUAAAUCAUGAUACCUCUAAUUCCAUUAAGAUAGAGCUUCACAACAGAGGACACUUGUUAAUGGUAAACGAACCGUUAUACAAGGCAAAGGUGAUUCAGAUAAUGGAAGCUGCUAUAAAAGAAAAAAUGAAUUCUCAUAGACAUACUAUUGUAGGAGGUGACACACACGAGUUUCUUGAAAUCGAUAAUGUGCAUUCAGAUCCAGAGAGUUCAAACGACUCUGAAAAGUCUGAAAUCAAUUCAAGUUCAGUUGGAAUGUUUCAAGCUGAGGAAACAUGGCGCACACUUUCGUCUUCACGAUAUGGAACUGCAAAAAGCUGUUUUCUUGAACUAACUGAGAUCUCUACAGAGCGGAACAAAUUGCACACGAAUGAAAAGGUUCCAUUGGCUGUCUCUUCAAGAUGCAAUUCAAAUUGUGCAGAACCUGGAGAGAAGGCAAUGAACGGACAGAAAUCUCUACAAGGUGUGCGGAUUUUGCUGGCAGAAGAUACACCAAUACUCCAGAGAGUGGCGACUAUAAUGCUUGAAAAGAUGGGCGCUACAGUUGUAGUUGUAGGAGAUGGGUUGCAGGCUGUGGAAGCUCUUCAAAUUCUACAAACUGAAGAUGGAUCAGAAACUCCAACCAAAAUGACCAAUGUUCCACCAUAUGAUUUAGUACUCAUGGAUUGUCAGAUGCCUAAAAUGGAUGGUUAUGAAGCGACAAAAGCAAUCCGAAGGGCAGAAAUGGGAACAGAGUUGCAUAUUCCAAUUGUUGCAUUGACAGCCCACGCAAUGUCAUCAGAUGAAGCAAAAUGCUUAGAGGUGGGGAUGGAUGCAUAUCUAACAAAGCCGAUAGACUGCAAGCUUAUGGUUUCCACCAUUUUGUCGUUAACUAAGUUACAACCUAUUUCUCACAUAAUAAGCAGCCAAAAACAAUCUAUUAUUUGAUAACUUAGAAUAUCAACAACAGUUUUAUAAAAAUAUAUCAAGGUAUAGCAGAAAUAGUAGCAUACAGGAGGAGAUUUUUGACAUAAAGAAAUGACAAAUGCAUAGUAGUUCCUUUUUUU